UAUUUAAUACUAUUUAAUAUUGUGGCAAUGGCAGCUUCGGCAAUUUAUGAGACUGCACCUCUGGGAAUCCAACAGCUGAUGUCCUUAAGUAGCUUGAGGAUCCAACAAAAGAAGAACCUUUGCGUCGGCAGCGAGUAUACCGUGCUGAAUGAAAACGGCGAAGAGAUCCUUUACGCGAAGGAAGAUGCCGCGGUCCUGAGUACGCUGUUCAGCGGGAAGCAUCGCUCCUUCAACAUGCACAUUGUGGAUAGUCAAGAAAAUAUGGUGAUAUUCCUUCGGCGGCCUCAUACCUUGGGGCUGGACAAACUCGAGGUGAGAGUUGACAACGUCCUGGUCAGCAUAGUGCGCCCUCAGCCGACAUUCGUGAAGCCGGUGUUCAGCAUCAACGACUCAUCAGAUAAACCGGUCCUUAGGGUCAAAGGCAAGCAUUGUACCAGUGCAAAUCACGAAUAUGAGGUGUUAGCGGUCAACAAAGAACGCAUCGGUGGUAUCAAGAAGCACGGAGCCGGCGUCGUGACCGAAAUAUGCACUAGUCAUUAUUACCUCCAGUUCCCGGCCGACUUACAUGUCGAUUACAAAGCUGCUUUACUCGCCACUUGCUUCUUGAUCGAAUACAUGUUCUUCGAAAAAUGAAGCAAUUGUUUUAUCAAAACAUGGACACAGGACCUAUUAUCAAAUCUGAUUAAUGCGCUUUUUAACAGUAACUGUAGCUAAAAUUGAUGUUUCAUUUUCAUGCA